GGGUUUGGAUGGAACUUUUACGUAUCAGUGGCAGUAUGGGAUGCGCCGUGAUCGACGCAGCAACUGCCGCAGCCGGCUGAACGGGAUAAAUUGAACGACCCCAGCGAACGGUCCGACACGACCGGCUGUUGAUUAGUUGCCAUACGCGGAACUUCCGAAUCGAGUACCACGGAAGGUGGGCGGCAAGAGACGGGGUAGACGAUCUGAUCCCGACAAGCCCGUAAUGUCCGCGAUGAAACGCUGGAUCUGACCCGCGCAUCUGGGUAUAUAGGAGAACGUCCGGUCACUCUGGCCUUCGGCUUUUGGUGGUGCGGUUCCUGCUCCUAUGUCUGCAGCACAAUCGCAACUAUGUUCCGGCAAACCGCACUUCUGGCCCUCGCCCUCGCCCUCCUUCCCUUCUCCUCCGCCCAGGUCUCGAGCGACUUCGAGAGCGGCUGGGACCAGUCGGCAUGGCCAACUUACGCCCCCGACUGCAGCCAGGGCGGAAAAGUGAGCCUCGACAGCUCGACGGCGCAUAGCGGCAAGAACUCGAUCCGGGUUGACGGUGCGGGCGGCUACUGCGGACACAUCUUCUUCGGCACCACCAAGGUCCCCAGCAGUGGCGAUCUCUAUGUCAGGGCUUACAUCAAAGCGUCCAGGGCCCUGACCGACUCCCACGUCACCUUCAUCACAAUGCCGGACCCGGCGCAGGGCAGCAAGAAGCACCUACGUAUCGGCGGGCAGAGCAAGAUCCUCAUGUACAACCGCGAGUCGGACGACGCUACGCUACCUGACCUCUCGCCGCAGGGCAUUGCCACCUCGCAGGCGCUGCCCACCGGCAGCUGGCAAUGUUUCGAGUACAAGAUCGGCGCCGAUGGCUCUAUCGCGACCUGGCUGAACGGCAACGCCGUUACGGGCCUGACCGUCGGUGCCGGCACCAGCAACCCCAACGCGGCGCAGUGGACGCGGAGCUCUAUUAAACCGAGGCCCUCGGCCGUGUACUUUGGUUGGGAGUCGUACGGCGGGGAUGCGAAUACUCUCUGGUACGAUGAUGUAGCUAUUGGGUCAAGCCGGGUCGGGUGUUCUUAAGCGCCAUGCCUACUUAGCGCACCCGUACCGGGAUGAGGACUGGUCAACUUCAAGUAUAAGUGGCUGAUGGAAUUAAUCUCGAUAAGCCAA